GGCUGGAGCGUUGCGCGGCCAGUAGGGACUCGGCGGCCAUGGCGGGACCCGGCGCCCCCUGCGAUCCCUGCGUGCCAGCCGCCGUCUGGAAGAGUCACAUCGUGCGGCAGCUGCGGCAUCGGGACCGCACGCAAAAGGCGCUCUUCCUAGAGCUAGUGCCGGCUUAUAACCAUCUCCUAGAGAAGGCUGAAUUGCUAGCCAAGUUCUCAGAAAAGCUGAAGUCCCAGCCAAAGGAUGUCAUCUCCACCCCACAUGAGGACUGGAGGGAGAAGGUCUCAGUGACAGACCCUGACCAAGUCUCAUCACCAGCCUCUCUGAGGGUGAAGUGGCAGCAGGAGAAGAAGGGGCUGCAGCUGGUCUGUGAUGAGAUGGCCUACCAGGUGGUGAAGAAGAGCUCAGCCCUAGAAACCCUGCAGUCACAGCUGGAGGAGCGGCAGGACAGGCUGGAAGCCCUGCAGGCCUGCGUGGUGCAGCUACAGGAGGCGCGGGCUCAGCAGUCCCGGCAGCUGGAGAAACGGCAAGCGGAGAACACAGCACAGAAAGAAGCCUACGAGACGCUGCUCCAGCAAGCUGCGCACCAGGAGGCGGCACUGCGCAGGCUCCAGGAAGAGGCACGCGACUUGCUGGAGCAGCUUGUGCAGCGUAAGGCGCGCGCCGCCGCUGAGCGCAAUCUACGUAAUGAGCGUAGAGAGAGGGCUAACCAGGCUCGGGUGUCCCAGGAGCUGAAGAAAGCAGCUAAGCGGACUGUGAGCAUCAGCGAGAUCCCAAACACUCUAGAAGAUGGGACCAAAGAGGAGACUGUGGCUCUAGCUCCUGCCGCUAUGCCUGAGUUCUUGGAGAGUGAGACUUGUGAAAAAUGGAAGAGGCCUUUCAGCUUCAAGAAAAGAAGAGGUCACUCAGUUGGAGGCGCACCUGAGCAGCGGUACCAAAGCAUCCCUGUGUGUGUGUCUGCCCAAAUUCCCUCCCAGGCUCAGGAUGUCUUGGAUGCCCAUCUCUCUGAGGUCAAUGCUGUUUGUUUUGGCCCCAACAGCAGCCUCCUGGCCACUGGAGGGGCUGACCGGCUGAUCCACCUCUGGAAUGUUGUAGGAGGUCGCCUGGAGACCAACCAGACCCUCGAAGGAGCUGGCGGCAGCAUCACCAGUGUGGAUUUUGACCCCUCAGGCUCCCAGGUUUUGGCAGCUACUUACAACCAGGCUGCCCAGCUCUGGAAGGUGGGAGAGACACAGUCCAAGGAAACAUUGUCCGGACACAAGGACAAAGUAACCGCUGCCAAAUUCAAGCUAACAAGGCACCAGGCAGUGACUGGGAGCCGAGACCGGACAGUGAAGGAGUGGGACCUGGGCCGCGCCUACUGUUCCAGGACCAUCAAUGUACUUUCCUACUGCAAUGACGUGGUGUGCGGGGACCACAUCAUCAUCAGUGGCCACAAUGACCAGAAGAUUCGGUUCUGGGACAGCAGGGGCCCUCACUGCAUCCAGGUCAUCCCUGUGCAGGGCCGGGUUACCUCCCUGCACCUCAGCCAUGACCAGCUGCAUCUGCUUAGCUGUUCCCGAGACAACACGCUCAAGGUUAUCGACCUGCGAAUCAGCAAUAUCCGACAGGUGUUCAGGGCAGAUGGCUUCAAGUGCAGCUCUGACUGGACCAAAGCUGUGUUCAGCCCUGACAGAAGCUAUGCACUGGCAGGCUCCUCAAAUGGUGAACUGUACAUCUGGGAUGUGAACACCGGGAAACUAGAGACCAGCCUACAGGGACCCCACUGCACUGCUGUCAAUGCCGUGGCUUGGUGCUUCUCCGGGAACCACGUUGUGAGUGUGGACCAAGGCAGGAAGGUGGUGCUCUGGCACUGAGUGGCACAAGUUCCCUGUAUGGGUUGGACUCUGUUCUGAAGCCAGAGAACGGCUUCCCUGUGCUCAGGACUCCAGAGCUGGGAUCGGGGUCUACUACAGAAUUCAUGUGAGGGCCAUGCAGGACCUGGCCUGUUUGUUAAAAUUCAGAGUGUGGGUUAGGAACUACAGUUUUUUUUUUUUUUUUUUUUUUUUUAAAUCUAUUUGUUUACUCUCUUCAGUGUUAAAAACUGUAUUUAAGCUGUGUCUUGCCUCUUUGAAGUGUUUGUGGGUACAGAGACACUUAGACUUGGCCUCUUCUUUUUCCAUAGAGCUAGGGCCUUGUAGCAGAGCUUCUGCCUGGGAGAUGGGCUGCUCCAGUCUUAACUGUGGGAUAACAUGAAGAAAAGCCCAUGCAGGGGCAGCAAAGAGCAGCUUUUCAUCUAGGGAGUGGUCCUGAUGGGAAGGAUGAAUAAACUGGAGUGACAUCGGAAUAGCUGGUAGUGGCCUUCCUGGAGCCUGGGAUGAUGGCCUGAGCUGUAGUCCUAUGUCCUGGAUGAUGGGUGGCCUCCUGCCACUAUCUCCCUCUCUUGUAUGUUACCUCUGCCCCUUGCAGCCACAGUGCCAGUCUCUGGGGUUACUAUGCUUAGUGUUCCUCUCUAAAUGUGCCUUCACUCCCCUAGUCUUGUCCUAACAGUUAGUUUCCUUAGCUUUUGUUGUUUGGACAGGGUCAUGUAACCCUGUCUAGUCAGGCACACAUGUAAUAGCUCAGAGUAGGCUCAGAACUUGUGCAAAUCUGGCCUCAGCUUCAGUGCCAGGAUGGCAGGCAUUGACUGCCCCAGCCCAUCUAAGGUACCAUGGUCAGCAUGGCUGGAAGUCCCCUUUCUGCCUUCUGAGAAGUUCAGCACUUUGGUCCUAUACAUGCUUUUUUCCUCUACCUUCAAUGUCCUUGUCUCUCCCAAUGACAAUUCAGGUUAUCUUUUGGGAUCCCUUUAUUGACAGUCUAUCCUUAACUGUCAGGCUCAGUAAGAGGCCUUGUUCCCCUACUUCCAGUUGGCUUGCCUUCUUAAAACUGGAAGCAACUGUAAGAGUAGGAACAGUAUUCCCUGCCUCCAGUCCUGGCUCAGGAGCCACAGGAAAUACUUCCUGGGUGGUCAUAUUCUCUUGCUUUGCAAAUUGAACAGUCGGAGGUCCCAGGGAUGGGACAUUCCAGCCCCUCAGCCUUGGCCAUCCCCUGGUGUAGCUCUCAGUGGCCACUAGUUUCCUGGUCAGCAGUAGUUUUGUUUUUUGUUUUUUUUCUUUCUUCCUUUCUUCUGGGAAAGACUAACACACCCAGUGGCCACAGUUAUUGAGACCUCGGUCUUGCUUUGCCCUCUUGAGCUUUAUUUGUUCCUCCUAAGAACUUGUGAUGGAUCAUGUUCUAUAAGUGAGAAAAGGUUGUCAUUCAAGGUCACACAGCUAUACAUAGCUGAAUGGUUCCUGCAUCACACCCUGCAGACUUUUAUUUUGAAACAUAGCCUCAAAAGUACUCAUUUAUGUAGCUGAGUGUGACCUCCUUCCUGCCUGGGCUUCCACCCCAGUGCCAUUAUGGAUGUGUAUCCCCAUCCCAUAUGGUGUUGGAGACUGGAACCUUGGGACUUUGUGUGGGUCAGAAAAGCAAUCUACAAACUACAUCUUCAACACACAUCCUCUCUUUUUAUACAAUUUUUUUUUUGUUUGAAUA